AUGCGAAGCGGAGAGUCCAAGGAACGAGCGGCAGAGGGGCCGGGAGAAACGCACCUCAUCAUGCAGCAAUCGCAACCAGCGAAAGGAGUAAUCCAGGCGCUGCAGAUUUCAGGCACAAACAACGUCGCCGUUUUGAAAGCUGGAAAGGAAUCCGUUGGAACGCAUGGCAGCUUGAAGGAGGGCGUGUGGCGGGACAAGGAAGGCAUCACACACAGCGUUGCCGUCAGAACCGUGAAGAUGGCUGGGAGCAAUAAGUGCCUCGCGAUCACCCACAAGGAUAUGGAGAUCUUGGCCAGGCUUCCCCGCUACUCGAAUGUCGUCCGUGUCAUAGGCGUGCGUCCAGGGCAGGAGCCGGUCAUCGUGGAAGAGUGA